AUGUGUGUUUCACAAACGGGUAACCGCAUAAAACUCAUUGAUUUUGGGCUCGCUCAAUUUUAUGACGGUUCGUCGAAUUUAUUAUUUAUGGCUGGGACUCCGGAAUUCGUCGCUCCAGAAGUGAUCAAAUUUGAACCAAUCGAUUUCCACACUGACAUGUGGAGCAUUGGUGUCAUCACUUAUAUUCUGUUAUCAGGUAUAUCACCAUUUUUGGGCGAAACUCUAGGUGAUACUUAUGUAGCUGUUGAAAAAGGAGAAUGGGAAUUCGACGAUGAAGCAUUCGAAGGCAUUUCUGACGCUGCCAAAGAUUUCAUCUCUAAACUUCUUAUAAUGAACCAGAAGCAAAGGAUGCUUCCGGAAGAUUGCUUAAAUCAUCCGUGGAUUGUUGACAGUCGGACAAAAGCUGCAAACGAUCUGAUAUUAAAUCAACCGAACAGUGGAACUCCGCUAUCGAAAGAGGGAUUAAAGUCAUAUCUCAGAAAUAAACGUUUUAGGAAAGCAACUUUAGCGCUAGUUUUUUUGAUCCGAUUCAAACGACAAACAUUGAUGAACUUCGGAAGACGAAAAGUUUCUACUGCUGCUGCUGAUGCUGUCGCCGAAGUAUAUGGCAGUCUUCCUGUCUCAAUAGGAAAGAUUAUGGAAAGCUGCACGGAAUCAGAAGCCAGUGUUUCUGCAACAACAGGACUGGCACAGGAUGAUGAAAAAAUGAAAAAACUGUUAACUGACAUAUCUACUUUUUACACUCCCAGAAUGGAGUCAGUAACUGCGACAAAGCAUCCAGAGGAAAAGAAGUUAAGCAGUGAGAUUCCGAAAAAGAAAGCUAAACCAAGCACAACUGAUGAGGGAAAGAAGAAGCUAAAGCCAAGUGAUGAAGGAGAGACGAAAAAGGGGGCAAAGAAGCAGAGAGAGAAAAACAGUGAGAAAUCAGACGAAAUCUCUUGUAAGCCAAAAAAGGUUUCCAAGCACCUCAAAGCUGCAUCAGGCGGGUUAGAAAGUCAAAUUAAAAAGACCGCUGAGACAGUUUCUGAGUGCAACGAAGUGAGUGAUUCAAAGAAUUUUAUUCCAGUGAUAUGCGAAGUAUGCAUUGCAUUGGAAACAACCAAGCCUGCUAUUUCUUUCACCGAAUUUUCAAAAUCUAUCUGUGCUGCAGAAAGUGCUCACCUACGUUUUUUGAGUUCCGGAUUAGCUCAGACAAGUAGCAAUGAGGCGGAGACGAAUGGAAAACCAAAAAAAUAUUGCGUUUCAUCUUCUGGCAAUCGAACAGCGCAAGAAUCCACACGUUAUAGCAAUUCAGCAAACAAGCUUAGUGAAAUCAAUAAAAAAGGCAAUUCUGUAGCCGCGAUUUUGUCAAUGUUCACUGAAAAAGCUGAACAGGAAAAAACACGUUUUGAACGCCGACCUUCUCGUCCAGUAAGAACUUUUCGAGAUGUAGAGAAAUCUUCAUCCAGGAAAUCGUCAUUAGUAGUAAUUCAUGAAAACGAUUGCAAUCAUGUAAAACUUUAUCGAGCACCGGAAGAAGAGAAGAAACGGGUGAAAAAUUUGAUUGAACUCCAUCGACGUGGUUCUGCAGAUCGAAAGCAAAUUGACACGAAAGAGAUUGUAGCUAUAAAGCAAGAUGAAAGCAAUAAUGGCUUUCCGGGUCAAAGAGUAAAUAUUGUCGCUCAAGACAAGGUGGAAAUGAAAGCAAUAAGUUUAACAGGAAAAAAAAUGGAAAUAAAUCCGACAUUAAAUGUUAAGGAAGGGAUGGAAUUGCCAGGGAAAAAGGUCACUGUCUCGGAUUUACCUCCUUCAGAAUUAAACGCCGUCAGAAAAACUGGUCAAGUAACAGAAGAGCGGAAUGCUGAUGCCAUGACGAUGGCAAAAACUACCUGUCUGCGAAAUGAAAGAAAGAAAAAGAAAAAAGAUGUGACAGAAUUUACGAUAAAUCAGGAAAUGGCGGAAAAAGUUGAAAAGCCGGCGGAAAAUAUUCUGGUCGAGGCAUUGCAAUCUGAGACUUUGAUAACAUCGCAACAGAAGACGGCGAUUCAGAAUGAUUUUAGCAUUAAAAAAAAUAGAAAAACAAAAAGUUGGAUGAAACUGGACGAAUCACAGAAUAAUUCUUCAUUAAAUUCUUUGAAUACGACAUCGAAAGAGCCGAAACAUACAAAAAGCAAUAGCGACAAACAAAUUGAAACUGUCAAUGAAAAAAGAGCUUUAUCUUCGGAGCCACGUCUUUCAGAAGGAAGGUGUACUGCAAAAAAAGAAAUUACGGAAAAUGCAAACAAAAAAAGUCAAAACACGCCUAAGCGAAAGAAAGACAAAGUUGAAAUUGUUGACAGAAAUUAUGACAUUAAAGAUGCUUCACAAAAGUUAUUGGUUCGGGGGAAAAAUUUUGAAGAGUUUAUUGAACAUCAAGAUUCUUCCAGUGAAAAAAAAAUGAAAGAAAGAGUUGAAAAACCAAAGAAAAGUACAGCAUUAAUGGAAUUGGUCGUAACACCUGGCAACUCUCAAUUUCUUCACAAAUCAAAGCAGAUGAAAUUAGCUGAAGUAAGCAAUAGUAAAAUUCAAAAACCAAUCUCGAUUUUACAACCGUUGUCAGCCGACCUAACAAUCACUACGACUAAACAUAAUGAUGAGAAUCAUGACGAACUCUCACAAUGCAUCACUUCCAAAAAACCUUCAAAAGGUUUAGGGCGGAAAAAAGUCAGCGGAGAAACGAAAGUAAAGAAGUUACAUAAAUACAGACCGGAGACAGACAGUAUCAGUUCUGACUUCAAGAAUGGCGAAACUAUAGGUUCCGUACAAAAUAAAUUAGUAAAUUCGACAGGUGUAACAUUGCACUCAAUUCAGGAUACUGUAUCGAAUGUUCAAGAAUCAUUAGGGGUUAUUUCCAAUUCUCAAACUGCAGUGCAUGACGCAGUAAAACGAAAAGAUCCUCGAAAAAAUAGUUGCUCAAAAAAUUUGUUACUAAGAAUUAGAUCAGAAAUCAAUUUGGCUGAAGAUAAAGAAAAAAUGAAAUCAAUACGUACACGCCGAAAAGCUGUUGAUGAUCAAGCCGUUCUUGGCAAUCAAAAGGAUAAAAAUCAGCGUAGCAUUUCGAUAGCUGACUUAAAGAAUCAGGAGAACUACAGCUUUGGUUGGCUUAAACUGCAAUUAGAAACACGACUGAAUAAAGAAAAAAAUGAUCAAAUGGGAUGGAGAUAUCGUCGUGAUUUAGAAAUUUCACCAAUUCAAUCCGGAAAUGCUAAAAAAGCUUUAAAUAUCUGGAAAACAAUGGAGCAGAGCAAUAUUACCAAAAUUUAA